GGGAGUUGGAUGCCCUCGUUUGGCACUUCAGGAGCAGCGAUCUGUCUCUCCCGGCAGUUAGGUCGCCUCACACAAGAUACGUGUUCCGGAUGCAAGAAUCGCCUGCCUAUCUCUACUCUUCCCUCCAGCCUUAUAAUGGUCUCUUCAACUGGACUUUUACCUAUCGUCUGGAUUCUGAUUUUCCCAGCCCUCAUGGAUUCGUCCUGAACAGAAGCACACAGCCCAUAGACGCAGUUUCAGUGACAAAGAACAAGACGAAAUUAAUUGCCUGGUUCGUGUCCAACUGCCAUUCUGAAAGCGGCAGGGAGAG